CGUCAUCAAAGGAGUGGGCUGCAGGCGGCGGCAGGUUCGCGAACUCCUCACUCGCUCGCGGCUUCGGACGAAGAAGCUGCGUUGGUGCCGGGAUUCCGUUAACCUCACCGGCCAACUAACUGUAACUAUCCAACUGUAACGGGUCGUUUGGGACUUUCUCCCGACGAUGAUGAUGAGGAGGAGGAGGAGGACGAGGAUGAUGGUGGUGGGGUGCUGACGUACGCCGAGCAAGAUGAUUAGCGAGGAGAGAAGCCUGCACGGCGGCGGUAAUAAGCAGUCGGCCGUGGUGGGCUUGCUGAUCCGCUCCCCCAAGAGGAGACUCGCCCAGCUCGGCCGGAAAGCCAGCAACGGGUCCAGCGGCUCGACCGGCACGGUCCGCUCGGCCGAGAGCUCGGGCGUCCGGCAGCCUGCCAAGUCCAAAAUCCGGCGUCACAACAACAACAACAACAACAAGCGUCUGUCGGGCGUGUUUAACCACAGCCCCGACCUACGCCGCGGCGGACCCUCCACGCAGGACGACCCGGCCGAGUUGUCCUGCCAGCUGUCGGUGCCCGGCAUUCUCAAGAUCUUCGGCGGCGACAUCUGCCAGGGAGCCAACUACAAGAGCGUCCUGGCCACUACGCAAUCCAGCGCCAAGGAGCUCCUCAAAGAAGCUCUGGACAGGUACAGUCUGGCGAAAGAGGACGCCAGCGCCUACGUGCUGUGCGACGUGAUCGGCCGGACCGGCGCGGGCGGCCCGUGGCGGCGGGAAUGUUUCCGCGUGGUGGGCGACCACGAGAAGCCGCUGGUGCUGCAGUCGCUGUGGAAACCCAAAGAAGGAUUCUCACGCCGCUUCGAGAUUCAGCUGAGGGUCCGCGUGGAGGAGCAGAGCCUCAAGGAGCGAGACACGGUCACAGCGGGCAUCAACGCUCAGGCCCGGAAGCUUCAGAGGAACCGCUCCAGAGCUACGUCGCUGUUCAUGGAGAAGAGCGACGCGGACGGGACGGACUUCUGGAGGAGCCUGAGCGAGAUGGACCUGAGCGCCGUGGGCAAAGAGGCCCGUGGGGCGCGCCGCAUCAGGGACCAGGACCAGGACCAGGACCAGGACCAGGACCAGGACGCCCUGAGGCUAGACGUGCAGGAGAAGGAGGAGACGGAGAGCAGCGAUGACAACGCCACGCAGUACUCCAUACAUCCGCCCUUUGACUUCCCCUACUUCCUGCUUCUGCAGGGAUACAACCACCGACAGGAUUUCGUCAUCUACCUGCUUAGCGGGAGCAGCACAGUGUUGGGCCGCUGCGGCGAGCACCGCGCCGGCGAGGACGAGGAGCGUCUGAAGGUGGACAUCCUGCUGUUCGCCCCCGACGUCCUCCCCCGUCACUGCCGCGUGCGCCGUCUGGACUCGGCCGCCGCGAUCCAGCCGCUUCACGGCGCCCCCGUCACCAAGAACGGGGCGGUGCUGAAGGAGGAGACGCGGCUGCGCCCUGGCGACGUGGUGGGCUUGGGCGAGCACUACCUGUUCAUGUUCAAGGACCCCACCGGUGCGGCGGCGGGACCCCUGCAGACCAAGACGCCGCCUCGGAUGAGCCGACUUUGCCCCGACGCCGCCGCAGAGACGCCGCCCGCCUGUCAAUCACUCAGCCGGCAUCCCGCCGUCACCGCGGACGACGUAGCAGAAGACGAGCGGGCGACGCUAAGCUACGGUCCGGAGCUGGAGGACGAGGUCCUGCGGGAGAUCACGGACAUGUCGGAGUCCGGCGGCGCCGGGCCCAAGCUGACGGCCGCCUUCCUGCUCAGCCUCUGCAUUCAACACUCGGCCGCCACGCGCGACCUCAAGCACUUCAGACGCCUCUUGCUAAACAUCGCGGCGCGCGUGCAGAAAGCUGUCUGGGACAAGACAAAGGAGCUCGCGUCAAUGCAGACAGACAGCCUCCCGCUACGGACGCAAGAUCUGAUCUCGGGUCUGCGUCCCCUGGCCGCGUGGAUGGCCAACACCAUCGAGCUUCUGCUCUUCAUCCAGCGGCGCAUCCCUCAGCUGAUGGCCGCCAGGAGGGACCGCCAAAAGCCAGGUCUGAUGGACAAAGAGGAGGUGGCGUCCACUCGUGACGCCUGCGAGGAGGCCAUGACGGUGCUGGAGGAGGUCAUCAUGUUCACCUUCCAGCAGUCUGUCUACUACCUCACUAAGAGCAUGUACUCGGCUCUGCCGGCCGUGCUGGACGGCAACCCGUUCUCAGAGAGCGGGCACCUGCGCGUGCCGGACGGUCUGAGCGGCAUCCUGGAGGUCCUGAAGGAGGCCCUGCAGCUCUUCACCUCCUUCCAGGUGCACGCCGACAUCUGCCUGCAGCUGUGCGCGUACCUCUUCUUCUUCAUCAACGCGUCGCUCUUCAACGCCCUCAUGGAGAGAGGCUCGGUGGCCGGCUUCUACCGGUGGUCCCGAGGGGUCCAGAUGCGCGCCAACCUGGACCUGAUGAUGGACUGGCUCCAGAGCAUCAGUUUGGCCGACGUGGCCGCGGACUUCUUCCAGAAACUCUCAGCCGCCGUCAACCUGCUAGCCACGCCCAAAGAAACGCUGCUGCAGGCGUCGUGGACUUCCCUGAAAUGUGAGUUUUCCGCCUUAAACGCGGCGCAGCUGCAACACAUGCUGAGCCAGUACAACACCGGCAAGAACCGACCCGGAGGCUGGACUCCUGGACCGGAACACGCGGACGCCGCCUGCAGGACGGCGGACAUUUUGGAGAGUUUUGACCAGCACCCACCACUCAUCCUACCGAGCAGGAGCUUCUUUUUGGAAGAAGCCCACCAGGACCCCACCCUCCUGGAGCAGCUGGCCCACCUGCAGCAGGCCAUCAGACAGAAGUCCCACGGGGAACAUCAGGAGGAGAUGGUGUCUGAGGAGCGUACGUCAGCGUCUUCCGCAAGCUCGUCCCCUGAGCGCCCGCCGACCUCGUCCCCGCACAGCCCGGCGGCAGAUUCCGCCAGCGAGCCGAGCGUCGGCGAGGAGGUUCUGACCCGCGAGCUGAACAGCGUGGAGAUCCGCAGCUUCCUGCCGGGAUGCGGCCGGCGGGCCGUAUGCGACCAGAGCGUUCCUCUGGACCCCUCCUGCCUGCUCACGCCCCCCAACACCCCCCAGGGAGACAUGGAGGCCCAGGUUCACCACGAUAACAAAGAAUCAGAUGGUGGACGUGUUGUCGAUGAAGAAGAAGAAGAAGAAGAAGAAAAGUGUGACGACGACGUGUUCACAGUGGAGAUCCACCGAGGUCCUCACGGUCUCGGCUUGGCGUUGGUGGACGGCACGAAGACAUCGCUGAGGAUGAGCGGAAUCUACGUCAAGUCGCUUGUUCCCGACUCGCCCGCCGCUCGGUGCCGACGCCUCAAGACGGGAGAUCGAAUCCUCGCCGUCAACGGUGUCAGUCUGGUCGGAUUGGAUUACAGCGUUGGCAGGGAAGCGAUCCGCUCUUCGGGCGACUCGCUGAGGCUGCUGGUGGCCAACAUGGACGCCAACAAGAGCUCGCAGACGACCAAAUGUUGAACGGGAAGUCUCAAGCUUCCUUCCUGCUUCCUCUCUGCAAGUCUCUC